AUGGCGUCGCGUGCUGCUGCGUUCUUAGCCCUUCUCCCUUUUACCUUUGCCUGCGGGCCGUCAUAUAUCCCGCCUGCGCCCAAAGGACUUACAACGACUCCAUCUUCAAAAAUCCAAGGGGCGUCAAUAUCAUUCAAGCAGACAACAAUAUGCGCAGAGAGCGGUGCAGAGUCCUAUAGUGGCUAUGUUCAUCUCCCCCCAAGGGCAGAUGAUGCAGUUCCUCACCCAAACAACCUCUACUUCUACUACGCCAAAUCGACUAAACAGACCCCUGCACCCUUGACACUAUACAUUGGUGGCGGCCCUGGCGCAAGCUCUAUAUCCAGCAUGGUGAUUGGCGUAGGCGCGUGCUCCGUUAACCCAGAUUCAAACAGCACGUCCCCAAACCCAUGGUCAUGGACGCGCGAAUCCAAUAUGCUUUUCGUCGACCAGCCAACAUUUACGGGCUACUCCUAUGAUGUGCUCACAAAUGCCACUGUCGAUUAUUCAACCUCCACAAUUACCCCGUCAGAUUUUAGCAACGGGUUACCCGAGGUAAACAACACAUUUGCCGUUGGUGUGUUUGGGUCACAGAAUCUGAAUGGAACGGUGAACUCAACGACCACUGGCGCCGAGGAACUCUGGGACUUUAUGCAGGUUUGGCUGAAUGAGUUUCCAGAGUAUGACUCGGACGAGGAUAAACACAAAAUCAACGUGUGGACAGAAUCGUUUGGAGGGAGAUAUGGUCCGACAUACACCGCUUACUUUGAAGCCCAAAACGACAAAAUCAAAGCCGACCAGGCAAUGGGCAGAGUCUUAUCUCCAUCUCCAAUUCGUGUUGAUUCCCUGAAUAUACACAACGGCUGUAGCGAUUUGUAUACACAGGCUUCUUUCUACCCCGAAAUUGCCUACAAUAACACCUACAGCCUGCAAGUCAUCGACCAACAGCAGUAUGAGUCCGCCAAAACCAAUUUGACAAAACCAGACGGUUGCUUUGACUUGGCUGCGCAAUGUCGGCGUUUAGCACAGGAGUUGGAUCCAUAUAAUCUCGGGAACAAUGUGGAAGUCAACACCGCAUGUUCUGCGGCUGACACAUACUGCUACGCUCUCUACGAUAUGGCUCAGAUACCAACUUCGACAGUGCCACCAACCUAUUCAGAUGGCUUUUUCAAUACGGCGUGGGUGCAGGAGGCCUUGGGUGUUCCAGUCAACUUCACUUCAAAUUCAAACGCCGUGUAUUCAGCCUUCGAGAGCACUGGUAAUGGAUUGAUUAGUCGUAGUACUUCCAUGGAGGAUUUUGCUUUCAUCAUGGAAAGGGGUGUCAAAGUGAACUUAAUUCACGGUGACAGGGACUACCUGUGCAACUGGAUGGGCGGCGAGAAUGUAAGCUUGUCAAUCAACCACGAGAAUUCGGCAGCUUUUAGUUCCAGCGGCUACGAAGGUGUUGUCACGAACAAUACUUACAUCGGAGGCGUCGUUCGGCAACAAGGUCAUCUCUCAUUUACACGUGUGUUCGAAGCAGGCCACGAGGUCCCUGCCUACCAGCCCGAAACCAUGUUCAAAAUCUUCUCACGGAUCAUGAACUCAAAGGAUAUCGCAACAGGAAAAGUUCCUUUGGAUGAGGUGCGCGACUACAGCACGAGUGGACCGUCUUCCACCCUUGAAAUCAAGGAUCUCCUCCCAGUACCGCCAAGUAUUGUCUGUUACACAAUUGAUAUGAGCAGCACUUGCACCGAAGAGCAGACGGCGGCGUUGCUCAAUGGUACUGCUAUCGUGGAAGAUUAUGUCGUGGUCUGGCCGUCGUCAUGA